UGAGGUUUGCUGUUUGACGCAUCCCAUAGUAUAAAGGAUGAAGAGCGGUGCGUCGAUGUAUUUAGUAAAACCGUCGUAUGAAUCGAGCUUUGCCCUGUGCAAAGCAUUCAGAGUUCAUGUGCGAAUGUUGUGAAUAUUGUGACAGUUAAUAUUAAUUUAUGUCUGAUUCGUGUUCUAUUGAUGGGAUACUUUGUUGUAAAAGGAAAGAUCCUGAAUGAAUCACAGCGAUCGGUGACCGUUGUGCUGUUCGACUCUUUAGAACGACUGAAUCACUUGGAUACACCGAUAUCAUCGUAUGACUAAUUGUAGCGUUUGCUGAAACCGUAUAUUCACGUUUAUCGUUACAUAGAGGAUAAAAAGCAUAAUCAAAUAGUGAAUACCCGUCUGACAAUGGAUGACAAUGCAAACUAUGCUUCGUCGACACCAGAUCAGUUCCGUGCAACAAAAGUGUGGAACACAAUCGUUGCAGCAGUUCGGGCUGAAAUGCCUGUCAGAAAGCGUCGAAAGGGCUUGAAAACAUUUGAUAAUUGCUUUUCGGGCAGUGAAGCAGUUUCUUGGACGUUGGAUUAUCUUAAACGAAACAGUGACUUACUUCUUUCUGCCGGCCAAAUAGUAAACCGAGAAAAAGUGGCGCUGCUAAUGCAGAAGUUCGUUGAGCAAAAGAUUAUUCAGGACGUUCGAGGUCGGAGCGUUACUUUCAAGGAUUCAAGUACCCAUCUCUACAUGUUCAAUAAAGAAAACAUGGCCCCAUUUAGUGGAUUAUCAAAUCCAUCUUGUACCGAUGCGGAUCCGAUACGGCGUUUUAGAAAUUCUAUCGGUGACUACACGAUAACAUUUCGACAGCCAAUUGCUGAUAGUGGCUCUACCGCGAAUGAUCACACUAACGGUGGUUGUAAUAGUCAACAUGACAGCUCUAAUGGAGUAAACGUAUCCUCUUCGUCUUCCGCUACCUCAUCAUCGUCAUCAACGCCAGCAGUCUACUCCCAUAUUGUCCAUCCUCGGCUUGUCACGCCACAUCGCCUUCAAUCCCAUCAUCAUCAGCAGCAGCAGCGGCAGCUUCACCACAAUCAACACCAGUAUCAAAAGCACUCGCAGAAUCCUGGCCGUCACUUAUUGUUACACGGUGGAUCAGCACCAACAUCCCUAGCGUCACCAGCUCUGUCACCCACCUCUUCCGCGUCCUCUAAGGAGCUUUUAUUUCUCUCAGACCUAUCAUCACUAUCCCGACAUUUGUUAUGGCGAAGAUUGCAACAGCUGUUUGCUUCUGGGGGACAGCAUAUUAUGCACAGCCACAUUACAUCAGGGACGGUCAAUGUACCUGGUCGUUUCAGGGCACAGACUGAUAUACUGAAAGCUUUUUCGUUACACAUCACAGAUUACCCAGCAGUCGAAGUGUGCCAUAACAUAUGUCAAGUCAGCGCUUCAGGCAUUGUCCUUCCGAGGAAAAAGGACGACGAUGUCCCUAUGUUGGUCAUGCAAGCUAUGAAAUGUUUAGCCAAGUGGCCAGAGUGGGCUCCGGACUACGCAAACUAUACAAACUUCCGUCGGGAGACGCUGAAACUUGUUCGGGAGCAUUUCUGCAAGCAAUUAAUAUUGCCCCGUACUCUGUAUGAGCUGUCGAUAGUGGCUUUUGCACCGCUUAUGUCAACUCUCCAAGAGCCUGAAAUGCCGGUCUCGCUUCAAUAUGAGACGGCAUUUGUUACGGCUAAUCCCGAAACGAAGAUUUUACCACGAACAGCGCUUAGAACCCCACUGCCACGUUUCGGGUCACAAACUCCAAGCACAAUGCCGCGACCCAUUCAGUAUCAAUGCGAGCGACUUGUACAAACCUGUGUUCGAGCAGCCAGCGUGCGACGAAUUGGUAGUUCGAUGGGUUGUUACGUUAAUUCAGCGUUUUCUGCUAGCUCAUCAAGCCUAAGCUCAGGCGUUAGCACCGUUUCGGAGGCUAAUGUACGAGCGUGUAGGGAGGUAGCUAAUAGCAAAGAGCUCGUAGUCCGCCAACUACAGCAUCUUUAUUUGGUGCUUUCCCCCAAAAACCGACGGGCACUCCACUUGCUAUUACGUUUUAUACAUAAAGUUGGUCAGAAUAAAUUACUGGUAAUUGACGAGAAACGUUCGAACCACGACGUGCUUGUCGAUGAAUUCAGCACGUGCUUGGUCGGCGCUCUUCGCACUAAUCUCGAGCAGACAGCCAUGUUCAUGACGUUUCUGGUCGAAAAUUGCGAUAUCAUUUUCACAGUUCCAGAGAGCCUACGCCAUGAGAUCGACGCCGCUAUUGUACAUCGCCCACAAUAACUGAAAUCAUUACAGUCUAACAAAAAAAUUUGAAUACGGUUAAUAGGUGCAAUAAAUGUAUUAAUGACCAUAAAGUGGCAAAUUGAAAUGACAUCGAGUGAUGUCCAUAUACCUCGGACAAACUGAUCACAAGCAACAAAUUUUAGAAUAUAUUUAAUAUAGUUAGUUUGAGCUAAGUAGGUGUUCGCAGAGAACUUCACGAGGUACUACUAUCUUUCAGAUAUAUUGCAAAUUAACCUCCUGGCGUGCAGUCUUGGUCCUAAUGACAUCUUGUCCGAUAGGUUAUCCUCAGUAUUAUGAUGACAAUGACAGGCUUCGUACCGAUGUGUGCAUCUUCGCGUGCGUCAUCGUGUACUCUUAUACCAUUUCCUAUGAAAUUUACGGCCUGCAAAGCUCCAUAGGCAGAAUUCUCAAGUGUAUCUAUGGGCUUCGUGACCGUCAUCGAUCGCCGUUUUCAUAUAGAAUGUUUUCAAAAUGACCAUUUCUUCUAUUAACAAGAACUUAGUCAUAUAUGCUAGUUAUAGUGGAGGUGCUCGCUGUAGCGGUUUGCCAUACAUUUACUCAUAGCCUCUGUGGACAUGGGUGCGUAGGAAGUGAUUAUACAACAGAAGGCUGUAUCAAAAGAUCCUACCCGUUUAUGACCACUAUAUAUCCAUCUUAGGCAUUGAAUCUGAACGCCUACGGUAUCCAGUCAUUUUUAUGGUGCCGUAUAAAAUUCAUUCUUAAUUUACGCAUUUUGAUUGUGUUGAACCCUCUCUAAUAAUUAUAGCUAAUUCUACUUUCUAAAUUAAUACUCAUUAUUCAGCUUAUUGAGAUAUUGUGUUAACACUAAGAUUAAGAAAACAAUAAAAUUAUGUGUAUACAAUAGGUGAGAGACAGUACGCUUAGAAUUCAAGUAUACAACAAGCCGCUGGCUACAUAUAUUGAUUCUCACAAUAUGAAACUAAGAACAUUCUAGUUAGAAUUAUGAAGCUCUGACUUACAAAAUUAAUCUAAGUAAAGUGUCAGGAAAAAUAAUUUUUCAAUUCAAAGUUGUAAUAAAUAUAAUUGU